AUGUCUCGCCCUCAGGUCAGCAUCGACCGUCUCACGCCUCGCCGUGCGACGGUCGAGCCACGCGAAACAAUGAACUGCAAAUCCUGUCGGAAGCGCAAGAUCAAAUGUAAUCGCCUGCGACCAAGCUGCGAAGCCUGCAAGGUGUUCCAGUGCCCGUGUGUCUAUGACGCAAUUCCCAAAAAGCGCGGCCCCAAGACCGAUGUGCUAGAAGCCUUGCUGAAACGCGUCGAUGGCCUCGAAAAGCGACUGCACGACGAAAAGAAUCCGAUUUCGCCCACGUCGCCCGAUCAGACCCCGGACGAUCCACCAAGCUUUCCGUCCCGCCGCAAUACGAUCGAUGCCUCAUUCAGCCUUUACACUGCCAAUGAACCACGACCUGCGUUGGCCAAUUCCUUGUCGCAGCAUGUAGAUCCCUUUCCUCGGCUGGCCAGUCAGCCGGGGAGUCUUGUUCCGCAGCCGUCUCCAACACAAGGGGGAUUGUCGGAUGCGAUCUUGGAUAUUUACUUUGCGCGAUUGCACGGGAAGCCUUUCUAUAUUCUCGAUGAGGCGACUACGCGACAGCGACAUCAGAUGAAUCAAUUGCCGACAUUCCUGUCCAUGGCGAUCUCCGCUAUGGCAUUGAGGUAUACCACUUCUCCCGGUCAAGCAGAGCAGUCUCUACGACCGGGCCUCGAUGCGGCGCAUCAAGCAAGGCGCUUGAUUGAUGUCGAUAACCCUACGGUGGAGGGGUUGCAGACUCUCUUGUUAUUAUCGCAGGCUUUCUUCGCCUUUGGAUUGGGGAAGAAGGCAUAUAUGACAUUUUCGAACUGUGUGGCAAUGAUUGUUGCGCUGGACAUGUACCGCGAGGCACCAACCAAGAUGAAUGUUUCACCCGCCGAACGAGAAACGCGACGUCGCCUGUUCUGGUCUGUCUACCUAAUGGAUCGCUUCAUUAACUGUGGAUCCCGACGGCCUUGUCUCAUCUCGGACCAUUCGAUUGUCCUGCGCCUUCCUUCUUGGUCGCCUCAUGCAGCUGGUCUGAACAUGGAAGGAGAGCUGUUCCAUGUUGGACCUAAUAUCCAGUAUUCGGCAGACUCUCGUCGCAAAUCGCCCAGCGCGGCUUCUUUGUUGAUUGACAUCACGCGUAUUCUUGGUGUCACCAACAAGUAUUUGGCUGCGGGUGGCGUCAAGGGCGACUCUCAUUUCCCGUGGCAUGCACUCUCUACUCUUUCCAAGAUCCGACAAGAAUUGGAUAUCUGGGCCGCCGGUACGCAGGACGUAUUUGCCUCAAUUGACGCAUUGUUCGGUCACCCCGAGAGCACAACAUUAUUACUGAGCAAGUUGAUUUAUCAUCUCGUGCAUUGUUUGAUCUACCGCCCAUUCUUACCGAUAGAUUUGGUUGAGCUACGCGGGACUGGACAACACCAGUCCUGGCAAAUCGAGGCCACUAAUCUUUGCUUCUCGCACUCAAAUGCUAUUGCAGAGUUGGUUGAACUGGGUCGGAAUUCUUCACUUGUUGAAUGGCCUGCUUUUGUCGGUUACUGCGUUUGCACAGCUGGAACUGUUCACGUACACGGUGUGCACUACAAGGGCCGCGAAGGUGAGGUCUUCUCUUCAAGUGCUGAGUUCUUGACUCGGGAAAUGCACCAGCUCUCUUGGCUGCGUAAUAUCUGGACGGGUGUCCAGCACCAGCGUGAACUGCUUCAGACUAUCUAUACCUGCCACUCGGAGUUGGUGCGUAAUCUAGCCAGCAGUCCAAUGCGUUUCUCGCCCGUCUUCCAUCUUGAGGACUUUUUGGAUCGAUACCCGGGUCUAUCGUUAGACGGAUCUCAUGUCCGCUUGAUAGACACAGGGGAUGAUCUGUCAUCGAGUACCCCAAACUUCAUUGAUCGACAAGACCACUACUACCAAAGAUCGAUGGUAGCACCAUCCUACCAAACCCCAUCAUCUAUGUACUCCAAUGCCAGAGGCGCGCCUUCGACGCCCCUGACAACCCAACCCUCAGAAACAGACCGCAGAAACCCCCAUUCCCACUCCCACUCCCAGUCAAUAUCCUUCUCUCACAAAGGCCAACAACCUCAAUCUCUCUCUCCGACUCUCCAAUUCCACGCCCCAGCUCACAACCAACCAUCCCCCUCUCUCCCAUCAAUCUUCUCCCUCCCAGGAACAGAUCUCACGACUCUUAACCCAACCCAUAACCCAAACCACCAAGACCAAACCAACCAAUUAUCCCUGCCACCAGGCUUCUCUCCCACCGUCUUUGGCCUCUCCCCACCCCCCUUCCUCUCCGACCAAACCCUCAACAUAGCCCCAACACCCCCCUCCAACCCCCAAUACGCCACAUUCCCCUUCGACGCCGCGCACACAAGCAUGAACGGCGGCGCUGGCGGUACCGUCCUCACACCCGGCGCGCAGUCUCACACCAGCGGCACGCAUACCACAACCGGGAGUGAAGGCGGGUCCUUGGAGAAAGACCCAUUCCUGAGCUUGCUGGAGCAGCUGGCCGAGAAUGAAAACUCCCAGGGUGGGCCCAGUGAGCUUGACUUCUUUUUGAGUGGGACCGAGGCAGUCGAAGGGGGGGUAAUUGUUGAUGAGAAGAAUGGCGUGUAG